AUCAGCUGAAUCUGUCCGGGACAGACCAGGGAAGAUGGCGGCCACUGACCAUUCCCGGUCCGAAGCUGCCAAACAGCGACGGCAGGAUCAGCUGCAGCGAUGGCUUGGCUCGGAGACGGAUCAGACAGGAUCGGAGGCCCGGGAAACGUCGAGCGGAUCCGGGACGAGGCGGGCCAAGGUCCGGUUCGCCCAAGGAGCUGUGUUUAUGGCCGCCUGCUCCGCCGGAGACCGGGAGGAGGUGGCGGCUCUGCUUCGCCAGGGAGCUGACAUCAACCACGCUAAUGUAGACGGACUGACAGCACUUCAUCAGGCCUGCAUCGACGAAAAUGCUGAGAUGGUGCAGUUCCUCGUGGAGAACGGGAGCAACGUCAACAGGGGCGACAACGAGGGCUGGACUCCUCUGCACGCUGCGGCCUCCUGCGGCUUCAUCCAGAUCGUUAAGUACCUGAUAGAGCACAGCGCUCACGUCGGGGCGGUGAACAGUGAAGGAGAGCUUCCUCUGGAUGUGGCCACAGAAGAUGCAAUGGAGCGACUUCUCAAGGGGGAAAUAAAAAAACAAGGAAUAGACGUGGACAAGGCUCGAAAGGAAGAGGAGAGGGUCAUGCUUCAGGACGCCAUGUCGGUGCUGGCAGGAAGUGGCACUCUCACACCUCACCCAAACACCAAGGCAACAGCUCUGCACGUUGCCGCUGCCAAGGGCUACAUUGAAGUCCUGAAGGUGCUCCUAAAAUGUGGAGUUGACGUAGACAGCAGGGACAGCGAUGGGUGGACGCCCCUGCACGCAGCAGCUCACUGGGGGCAAGAGGAGGUGUGCACCCUGCUCGCUGACAGCAUGUGCGACAUGGGUGCCAUCAACAUUGUGGGCCAGACACCUUUAGAUGUUGCAGAUGAGAACCUCGUGGACACUCUGGAGGAGCUACAGAAGAAACAGAAUGCUUUACGCACCGAGAAGGAGAAACAGACUCCUGUUAUUGAGACCAGCCCGCAAAUCUCCAUGGUACCGGUCCGCACACGCAGGACAUCUAUUUCUCGUAUGAGCAGUAAGGAGAAAAUCUGCCUCCACGAGCGGGAGAAGCAUCCACCUCCUGCCCUGCAGAGCAGCCCGGCUGAGGACGAGGAGGAGGACGGCCAGACGGCGCAGAGCCAGUCACAGAGCCAGGCGAAAGCCUCCAGCAGCUCCAGCUCCGAGGAGGAGAGCGAAUCUGAGAGUGACGCUGAGUCUGAGAAAGCAAAAAACCGAGAGAUCAUAAACAACUUGAACAACAAACGCAACACCACCAGCCUCCUUCCUACCUCCAUGUCAACGAGUACUGCUACAAGCCAAGUUAAAAAGCAAGAAACAAGCAAGCCCCCAGCGACCGAGGCCCCAGGGUCCUGGAGAACGUCUCUGAGGAAGGCAGGCAGCUCAGUGACUCUGGGCUCAGCUGGACUGACUGACCCCAGCCAGGACUCCAGCAGACCACCGGAGUCGGGCCUGGGGAUGACCCGCUCUGCCUCCAGCCCCCGCCUCAGCUCCGAGGCCGACACCAAGGAGCCGAGACUCGCUCGGGUGCCGCCUAUUCCAACGCGGAAGCUCUUCAGUAUCCCAGACAGCAGCCCUGACAACUCCAACAGUUGGCUAAGCCGUAGCUCCUCUUACACCCGGCGCCUUCAUAGUCAGUCAGGGAAUGAUCUCACUAGUUCCAACCCAUAUUUGCCUCACAGCUCAUCUUAUGGAAAGAGACUGGAUGACCCCACCGUGACCUCAGCUAGCACAGGAACGAGCUCUACUGGACUCAGCCGCCUUAAUAGUGUCUUGGGCCAGAGACUUCCUCAGGAACAGACAGAGAAGAAGGACCAGCCUGCCGUCACCACCUCCAACUCUCAGAAUACGACAGCAGGCGAACAGGAGACCAAGCAGAGGCGCAAGUCCUAUCUGACACCUGUGCGAGAUGAGGAGGCAGAGGCACAAAGAAAGGCUCGCUCCCGACACGCGCGGCAGUCUCGUCGCUCCACUCAGGGGGUGACACUAACAGAUCUUCAGGAGGCGGAGAAGACCAUAAAUACUAUGAAGAUGGACAACAAAGGGAGAGAAAAGGAGGAGGAAGAGAAGGAAAAAGAGAAGGAAGCAAAGCCUAAGAAGGGAGAGGAAGGGGAAGUGAGCUGGAGGUCUCGAAUUGCCAGUCUGCAGAAGUCAGACCUGCUAGGCCUCACGCAGCCGGCUGGGACUCCGCGGCCUCAGACUUCUGACAGGAAAGAUGUUGAGGCCAGCACGGGGGAGAGCGAGACGGAGCGAUGGGCCCGGGAGCGCAGAGAGAGGAGACAAGCUCGGGCCAGAAGAAAGGCACAGAGGACCGGAGAGAGUGAUGACAAUGAUCCCAGCGAGGAAGAAUUCUCAGGCAACAGGCUGGAUCUGCAGACAGACCAGCACUUGAGGUCCAGGUCGGAUCUGUCCUGUAAUGACCGUACCGGAGGAGGCUCCGAGAGCAAGGACUUUAAGAAGUUGUUCGAGGAGGUGUCCAGAGAAAACAGCCAACUCCAGUCUCAGCUGCAGGACACUCAGAGGAUUGUCAGUCAGACCAGGUUGGACCUGGAAAAGGCCACACAGAGACAGGAGCGCUUCACUGACUGUUCAGCCCUGCUGGACCUGGAGAGAAAGGACCGGAGGAUGUUGGAGCGGCGUAUGGCGGAGCUGGAGGAAGAGCUGAAGGUUCUGGUUGACCUGAGAGCAGACAACCAGCGCCUUAAAGAUGAAAAUGGAGCACUGAUCCGUGUCAUCAGCAAACUCUCCAAAUAGACGGAGUGAGAGAGUGAGAGAGAGAGAGCACGCGAGAGACACGA